AUGUCAUAGACUCCAAUGAAAAGCUUGCAAAAUUCUUUGAGUUAGCAAGAUCUUCGCACACUAUCAGCUUUGAAGCUUCCAAUGAGUCCCGAUAACAAUCCUACAAAGAUUUAAGAUUUCUUAUCUAAGAGACAAAAUAAUUAUCAUUAAACAUCGUAUGGACAGUUCUUCCAAAACCCUCAGACUUCACCAUUAUUCAAGAAGACUGAGUCAUUCAAGAACAUUCCAAGUCAUCACUAGUUUUUAUUGCACCCCUCAAAGCAAAAGUAUCAGUUCAAGCAAACUUUACAGUCAGGAAAUUUUUCAAGACCUGCAACUGUAUAAUCCCUUGCGCAAGGAAGUGCUAUGAAGAGUGUUAGAGCUCUCUCUAGAAAUAUUCACUAGCACAGACAUACUAUAGCUAAUUCUGAUACUAAAAACAAUCUGGAGUCAACAGUUGGUUUCCAAAAAUAUGUGAAUACACCUAUUGAAAGUAGUUCAAUUUAUAUUUAAUUUUUGAUAGAGUAUUUUGGUGAUAAUAUUGGAAUUUGCACAUGCUGUGCUGAUAGCAUUAAGGGUCAACAAGAUAAGAAUCUAUCUUAUAAGUAUCCAAGAUGUGUGAAUACCUUAUACAAAAAAGAUUUUAAAAAUAGUCCAGAAUAGUUAUAAAAUGGACACGGAAAGCAGAAGUAAUUUGUCAUAGAUAAUGAGAAGAGAAACGUCAAGAUUAGAUUCAAUCCACCUCAAGAAGGUCAAUCAAUCUUCAAGUCAGAUUUCAGACCUUAUGUAGUUCAACCUAUACCAAAGAAUGAAGAUAAUGGUUUCUAAGGUAAUCCAUUGUUUAUAAACUCCACUACUAAUUCCACGACCUACGCCAACUGGGGAGCGAAGCCAUUUGAAAGAGUGAGAGAAAUUAGAAAAAUGCCAUUUGAUUCAAAGUUCCAUGGCAAAUCAACAUACUAUGCAGAUUUCAACAAGCCAGAGGGUAAGUAGCUCCCUCCUGAUUUUGAAAGAGAAUAUGAUGAUAAGUUCUAUGAGGAUAUGAAAAAGAGAAACUAAAGAGGGGAAUUUGCAGGAUUACUUCAUGCCCCAUUCUUAGCAAAGUCAACUAGUCAAGAAGCUUUCAAGAAUGCAUACUAACUUCCUAAAUCUAAAGCUCAUCCUCCAAUGGAAGAGGUAAGUGAUAAUUCUAGUUUAAAAUUCUUAUAGUUGGUUUCUACAUUAAACGUACCCCAUGUUACUCAGACUGAAUUCAAGUCUUAAUUUGUUGAGAAAAACAAGUACUCUUGCCCAAGACAUUAUUGA